GACGCGGCCUCUCCAUCACUUCCGGGGCUCCGCUGCGUCUCAUCCGGCGCCUUCCCGCGCAAAUCGCCUCACGCACCCGAGCCGCAAGGUUAUUAACUCCAGCCACGUCGGCGUCACGAAAUCGUGGAACGAUGUUCAGAAGACCGCUUUUCAAGCUUGCUCGUGGGCUGAUGACCAGUGAGGCUGGAGAUGCUGCUGCGUUAAAACUGGAGAAAUCGCUGAAUCGAGUGCAGCUGCUGGGCCGCGUGGGCCAGGACUCGAUGGUGCGUCAAGCCGAAGGCCGUUUCCCCGUUACCAUCUUCUCCAUGGCAACCAACGAGGUGUGGAAGGGCCAGGAAGUGGCGAGCAACACUGAUACAGGAGAUCUCACCCAGAAAACGACUUGGCACCGCGUGUCCGUGUUCAAACCCGGCCUGAGGGAGGUUGCAUUCCAGUACGUCAAGAAGGGGGUUCGUGUCUAUGUGGAAGGACGACUGGAGUACGGCGAGUACACAGACAAGAACAACGUGAAGAGGAGUGCCACCAGCAUCAUAGCAGAGCAAAUCAUUUUCUUGAGUGACCCUGAAAGAGACGAUGGACGAAAAGCUGAGCUCGAGGACAUGCAGCUGUGAGCGCUGAUCACCAGAUGCUCGUGAUUGGUGGUGUGACAGUGGAUGUGUGGUGGGUUGGGAGGGACCUGAGGAUUGCAGAAGUUAAGUCAUGCCACCUUUUCGAGUUUGGCCAGUAAACGGACACCCGCUGCACCCACACUGAGAGGUUGUGAAAUUUCCCAAUCUCUUCCUUUUGCACGCAAAUGAGCCAAUAUGCUUCGGAUUAUAUCUUUUGAUUGGUAAACCCAAAACGCUGGAUGUGUGGGAUUAAGUGUGUGGUAUUUAACCUUAAAAACUAGGGUUUUUGAACCACGGACACGUCGGCAGAUAUUGUCUUCCAAGACAUUGCAAAAUUCACUCCGCCUACGUCUGUUGCGUUUAAAAAAACGGUCUGUCGAGCCAGUGGAAAAUAGCAGGGUGGACGUGUUCCGCAUGGAGAGAAGCACAUUUGUGCUUCAGCAUUUCGAAAUUUUCUAAUUUCCACAGAAGUGUUUAUAGUCCCGAUAGCAGCACACCCGACUCGCGCAAAACUUGCGAUCGCGACAAUCCGCGUGCCUGCUUCCUCCAAACGUGCAUUGCUCGCGCGAGCACUUGAUUUCUGUUGUAUUUACAUUUUCUGUUCGUUUUUGUCUUGUUGUUUUGCCCGCGUUCAUUUUCGUUGUCGGUAUAAUUUAAAUGGCACUCGUGUGAAGUAAUGCUCUUCGUGAUGAAUAACCUUUGUUUGUUUUGGAAAAAAACAACAACAUGUUGUGCAGAUUCUUAGUGUCAAAUAAGGUUCUUGUUUUUUUAAUAAACAUGCAACCAGUCGGUUGUGAAAAAUAA